AUGGCCCCUCGAUACUCCAGCGUUGCCAUCGUUGGCGCAGGGCCAUCUGGCAUUUCCGCUGUCAAGGCACUCAGCGAAGAAAAGGCAUUCGAUAGGAUACAGUUGUUCGACAGAAGGCACCGUGUUGGCGGCACAUGGAUAUACGACGAGGAGCCGGAGCCUUUCUCGACCUCCUCCAGUCAGCCUGACCGAGAAAUACCAGAAAAGCUCCCACGGUCACUGCCACCCGCAUCGGAGAACAUCACCGCCAGAACCGGCCUCUAUCCUUCCUUGGACAGCAAUGUCGGCUCCCAGGUCAUGGCUUUCACCUACAAGCCGUUCCCUCCUGUGAACUCGGCGACGUCCAUCAGCCGCUUCGGCAGGGGGAACCCCACGCAUCCUCACGCAGCGGUGGCGGGAUACCUCGAGGAGAUCGCGGAGCCGUUUUCGCACCUGUUCACUUUCGACACCCACGUCGAACGUGUCGAAAAGGCGGGGAAGAAAUGGCGGCUGACCCUGAGGAAGACCCAGCACUAUCUGAAACAUGAGAAGAGAGACUACUGGUGGCAGGACACGUUCGAUGCAGUUGUCGUUGCUACUGGUCACUACGGGGUGCCUUAUGUGCCCAGCAUCCCGGGGCUGGAGGAGACAUUUGCUGCGUUGCCCCAGCGAUUCGAGCACUCCAAGGCGUACAGGUCCCCUGAGGACUAUGUGAACAAGAAAGUUGUGGUGGUUGGCGGAAACGUCUCGGCCUCCGAUACCGUCUCCGAGAUCCAUAACAUCGUCUCCGACCCUCUUUACGUCUCGCAACGGGGCUAUAAUGAGAUCUUGAAAGACGCGUGGGAGCUCCCGAACGUGGUCCGGAAGCCUCAGAUCACUCGGAUAUCCGUGGGGCCGGACAACCUCGUCAAAGUGAGCUUUUCGGACGGUACGGAGGCCGGCGGCAUUGAAAAGGUCCACUUCGGCACAGGCUACCGACUAUCGUACCCGUUCCUGCGUCCGGACCCCGUCACGCCCAGCGGACGUCUCGCCGGGUUCUACCAGCACAUCUUCAACGUCGCGGACCCCUCGCUCGCAGUUGUCGGGCAGGUGAAGGCGGCCAUCUCGUUCCGGGUCUACGAGUACCAGGCGGUCGCGGUGGCGCGGUACUUCGCCAACCGGGGCGGGGGGCUGCCCUCGCCUCGGGAGCAAGACGAAUGGGAGGUGAAGCGUUUGCGGUACAAGGGGCCCACGUCCGAGUUUCACGAGAUCAAGCCGGACUUCAAGGAGUAUUUCGAUUUCUUGUGCCGAGUCGCGGGCAAGCCGGCGCCGGGCACAGACGCGUACGAACUGCCCGCGUGGCAGGACGAGUGGGCGGUGCUCGGUUUCGGCGUGUUGGCGCUGAAGCAGAAGUGGUGGGGGGAACUAAAGGAAAAGGGACAGAAGACAUCAAUUAAGGCCAAGCUAUGA